AUGGACAACGCAUUCAAGCCCGGCGAUCCAGUUCUCAAUCUUGCAGCCAGGUCAAAGGGCCGGAGAUUGCACAAAGACCAAGAGGACGACCAAGAUCCAGACUCGACAGAAGAGCGCUGGAUCCCCCGAGUCGAACAGGACAAGAUCGACGAGAUCGUCAACGGAAAGAGCAAAGGUCAUUACUGGCUUCUGAUCGGCGAGAAGGGCACCGGCAAAUCCUCCAUGCUGAUCGACGCUAUGUCGAAGAUCGACGGCGAGGGCGUUGCCAUGUUCGAAGCACAUGCAGACAUGGAGAUUUUCAGGGUCCGGCUCGGCAAGGCCCUGGACUUUGAGUACCACGAAGACAACAUCGGGGCUCUGUUCUCCAUCCGUGGCCCUCGAGACGCUUCGGCUAUACUCGACAUCGAGCGGGCGUUCAACAAGUUGGAGAAAAUCGCGCUCAGGCGGCGGGACAGAGUUGGGAGACCGCUCGUGUUGAUUAUCAAUUCGGUACAUCUGCUUCGCGACAACGAGGAUGGACGAAACAUGCUCGAGCUGAUACAGCAGCGUGCCGAGUCGUGGGCUGCGGCGAAUCUGGCGACGUUGGUUUUCAACAGCGACGAUUACUGGGUUUACGAACGGCUCAAGACCCUGGCGACUCGGAUGGAGGUGAUGCCGGUUGGUGACCUUCCAAAAGACAAGGCGAUGGUCGCGUUGCGGAAUUAUCGCAUGAAGUAUUAUCAGGAAACUCCCUCAGAGGAAGAGCUGGAAGCGGUCUAUGAUAAGAUCGGCGGAAGGCUAACUCACCUGAACCGCAUUGCGAAGUCUAAGAACAUGACGGCGGUAUGCGAGCGGAUCUGCCGAAGAGAGAAGACAUGGUUUCUGAACCAGUGCGGUAUUCUAGGGGAGGAAAUGGACGACGACGUCAUGGAUCAGCAAAAGUAUGCGUCUGCCGCCAUGGUUCUCGCAAAAGCUCUCGUGGACAUGGAGAAGGAGAUGGACAAGACGUACGACCCGAAAAAGGGCCACAUACUCCCGCAGAUGCCACUCCACAAGGCACGCGAAGUCAUGACGAGAGCCGACUUCAUCCAGAGCUACGACCACGUAAACAUAUUCACAAUCGACUUUGAUGCCUUCGUCCGUGCCGAUUCCGUACCCAUGAUGCACGCCUUCAGAGAGAUAUGCUCUGCAGAAGGCUUCGACGAGUUCUUGCAAGCAACGCUUGACCGCAUCUCGGCUAUUGAGAGCUUGGGUAGGACGAGGGAACUGACUAUCAAAGAUCUUUGGAAUGGUGGACAGUACAAGAUCACUACACGCAAUGCGAAAGGCAACGUGGAAAAAGACAUUACCUUCUUGGUUAAACCUGGUAAGGAGGAUGAGGACAAGGACGAUGAUUGA